AUGCAUUCGCAGUCUGCUCAAACCAGUUACGAAACUAUGACUUUUGACGUAGAAGAAGUGUUGUCGAAGCUCAGCAAUGGAGAGAAGGCUUCUCUGUUGUCCGGAAUUGACUUCUGGCACACUUAUCCCAUCCCGGAACUCAAUGUGCCUUCAAUUCGAGUUAGUGACGGCCCCAAUGGUAUCAGAGGAACGAAAUGGUUUGCCGGUGUUCUAGCUGCUUGUCUGCCCUGUGGAACUGCCCUUGGAGCUACCUGGGAUAGAGAUCUCCUCCGGAAAGCUGGCCAAUUACUCGGAGAUGAAUGCAUUGCCAAAGGAGCCCAUUGCUGGUUAGGCCCAACUAUUAACAUGCAGCGCUCCCCCAUUGGAGGUCGGGGGUUCGAGAGUUUUGCAGAGGACGGCCACUUAUCUGGCAUCCUGGCCAGUGAGAUGAUCAUGGGAUGUGAGUCAACGGGCGUGAUUUCCACUGUGAAACAUUUCGUCUGUAAUGAUCAGGAACACGAGAGAAGGGCUGUUGAUACGAUUGUCACCCCGAGAGCUUUGAGAGAAGUUUACCUGAGACCUUUCCAGAUCGUGGCUAGGGAUGCGAAUCCAGGAGCGAUGAUGACUUCGUACAACAAAGUCAACGGUGUUCAUGUCUCCGAAGACCCGAAGCUGUUGGAGGAUCUGGUCAGGAAGGAAUGGGGCUGGAAUCCUGUGAUGAUUAGUGAUUGGUAUGGUACUUACUCAGGAGCAGGGGCAAUAAAUGCCGGACUGGAUCUCGAAAUGCCGGGAAUUACUAGGCACCGUGGAGCAGCGGUUGAAUUCGCCCUGUCCGCUCGCUUAAUCAAGCAGUCUACUCUGGACCAACGAGCUCGACGAGUCCUCCAAUUUGUUGAGCGAGCAAGUCGACUGACCGUCUCACCUGUUGAAGGCGAGCGAAACACUCCUGAGGACAGAGCACUAAAUCGUGAAAUAUGUGCUAGCAGUAUCGUUCUCCUCAAAAAUGAGAGAAAGACACUUCCGCUUCCGAAGAAGAUGAAGAAGAUUGCUCUCAUCGGAUCACACAUGAAGAACCCUGCAAUCACUGGAGGCGGCAGUGCCUCCCUGGAACCAUAUUAUUCCGUCACUCUUUACGAUGCUAUCAGAGAAAAGCUUGGUCCCAAUGUCGAGCUUGUAUAUGAAGUCGGUGCAUAUGCACAUAAAAUGCUACCACUGAUCGACCGUCUCCUGUCCAACUCUGCAAUCCGGUUUUUCAAUCAACCUUCCAGUGUUAAGAACCGUGUGUGCGUCGGGACAGAACCUUUGCCCAAGACCUACUUCCAGCUCAUGGAUUACAAGAACCCCAAGUUGAACUUUGAGCUCUUCUAUGCCUCUGCGGAAGCAGACUUCACCCCUGACUUGUCCGGACCCUGGGAGUUCGGCAUGACAGUUUAUGGAACAGCAAACUUCUAUCUAGAUGAUGAGCUAAUUAUUGACGGGACUACUGUCCAGCUUCCAGGGACGGCAUUUUUCAGCAGAGGAACAGCAGAGCAGUUCGCCACGAGGAAUUUGAUUGCUGGUAAGACCUAUAAACUCCGAAUCGACUUCGGCAGUGCAGCUACUUCGAAAAUCCUUAAUCUAGGGGUGGUCAGCUUUGGAGGAGGUGGUGCUAGAAUUGGUGCUUGUCCAGUGGUUGACGUGAAAGAGGGCAUCCGGAGGGCAGUAAGAGCUGCCAGUGAAGCUGAUUACACAGUUUUGUGCACAGGUUUGAACGCUGAUUGGGAGUGCGAAGGUUUCGACCGACCAAAUAUGGGCCUUCCACCAAAUAUUGAUAACCUCAUUGCCAGUGUCCUCACAGUAGCACCAGAUACUAUCAUUGUCAAUCAGUCCGGAACACCAGUUUCCAUGCCUUGGGAACCACUCGCAUCCUCCAUCGUCCAGGCCUGGUACGGAGGAAACGAGACUGGAAAUGGAAUAGCUGAUAUUAUUUUCGGAGAUUUCAAUCCCUGUGCUAAGUUACCGUUAAGUUGGCCAGCUGAUCUCAGGGAUACGCCUGCGUUCUUAAACUUCGGCAGUACUAAAGGAAGAGUAUUGUAUGGGGAAGAUAUCUAUCUUGGAUACAAAUACUACGACAAAAUUCAAAGACCACCCUUGUUUUCAUUCGGUCACGGACUUUCGUACAGCACAUUCGCCCUCUCAAACCUCGAGAUUUCCAAAACGCCUUCUAAAGACAGGAGAAACCCCACACCAACAGCCAAGGGUGUCUUGCGAGUCAAAAAUACCGGGUUGUAUGAUGGCUCACAAGUUCUACAGCUCUACAUAUCAGCCCCCGAAUCCAAUACUCAACGUCCAGUUAAAGAAUUGCACGGCUUCGAGAAAGUUUUCCUUCGUGCUGGUGAAGAGAAGAGAGUGGAGAUCGACAUUGAUAGUUACGCUACGAGUUUCUGGGAUGAGAGUGAAGGCAAAUGGUGCAAUGAGAAAGGGAAUUACAUUGUUAGUGUCAGCUCAUGUAGUGAAGAGGGAGCAGUGAGCGUGCAGGCUAUACUGAGGGUUGAAAGUACGAGAUACUGGUUGGGUCUGUAA